AUGGAGCUGCAGGACUUCCUGUCCGGUCUGAUCAGUUCGCUCUUCAGUACAGAUCCCGUCGCACAAUUUGAACUGAGGCAUGCCACACCAUGUAGCAGAUGGAUUAUGUUUGCGCGUUUCCGAGCCCUGUCGAAACGCAGCAAGACGACUUUGGAAAGAUACUUCUCAGGACUCAGCGAUGAGAACUGGACUGCACCAUGGGCAGUCCAUGCGCGGCGGAAUCUUUUUUCCAGGCUUCAUCACCUACGGAAGAGUAAGGCAAAGCCCGAAGAGGUUCUCUUUGUGGUGUCUGAGUGUCGCCGAAGAGAGCUGCUGAGAGAUCCUCGAGAUUGGGUGGUGGCUAUGAGUUCGCUUGGUCAUGUUCAGUUAUGGACAGAAACUCUGGGUCUUUUAGAGGCAAUGUACUCGGAGAUGGGUUUCGUCGCCGUGCAGGCAUUUAACGCAACCAUCUCAGCAACCGAGAAGGCCCAACAGUGGCAACAUGCUAUUGCACUGUUCAGUGACAUCGAACGAUAUUCCCUUUCGCCCGAUGCCGUGACCUGCAAUGCUUUGCUCAGUGCAUGUGACAAGGGAGGCAAAUGGGAAAGUGCUCUUGAUUUGCUUCAGCGAGCUGGCCACUUUCAGCUUCAACCCAACGUCGUCAGCUACAGUGCAACAGUCUCUGCUUGCGAGCGAGCAAGGGCUUGGGAGCAAGCGCUUCAGGUCUUUGCCAGUAUGCACGCGCGGCAAAUUGCCGGUGAUGUGGUGGCUUUCAAUGCAGCACUCUGUGCACUGGAUCGUGGUUCGCAGUGGCAGGAGGCAUUGAUGAUGUUGGAAGACAUGAGCCAGAUGAGACUCAAGCGGAGCCUAGCAAGCUAUGGGGCCGUCAUCAGCGCAUGUGGCGACGCAUUCCAGUGGGAGGAAUCGAUUGAAUUACUGAGCUUGCUACAGAAGCAACUGCUGCAGCCUAAUCUGAUCGUCAUGAAUCUGUGCUUGAAUGCAUCCCGCAAGGCGAACAAUCUGCAUGUGUCCUUGAAGCUCUACAACGAUAUGCUUAGCAGGUCAGACAGGCCAGACCUGCUGAGCUACACCUCUUUGAUUUCAGCAUGUACGUUUGGUGCUGAGUGGCAGCUGGCACUACAGCUUCAUGAGGAUGCCCAGUUCGUAACUGGUAAACUCGACAUUCUGUCCUUCAAUGCGUUGCUGGGAGUGUGUCGACAAGCAAGCAGAUGGGAAGAGGCGCACAGGAUUCUGCACGACCUCAAAGGCUAUGGCCUUUCUCCAACGGUGCCCACCUACAAGGCAGUGAUCUCUGCUUGUGCUCGUGCCACAAGAUGGUCCGAUGCCGUGGGCCACCUAUCUUCCUUGAUGAAGACCUUGGACACACCGACGACACCUGGCAGCGGCAAUCCGUCCAGCAAUUCCUCGGAUUUCAUCCUGCAAUAUGGGAUUGUCUCCAAAGCUUGCGUCGAGGCAGGUUUUGGAAGCGUUGGACAAGCUUUACUGGCUGAGGCAGAGCAUAUGGCUUCUGCAAGAGGUUUAGUAUCAGGAUUUCCAGCAGAGUGGUUGAGUGUUCUCCACUGGCAAGCUGCUCUCUGGGCCUUUGAAACCCAGAAGGCCAUGCAUGACCUUGACGAUGGUGUACGAGUUGUUGGGGUCGCCGAUGUCCUCAUAGAAGCAGGGCGUGAUGCCGGCGCAAUGAGUCUCUUGAUCGAUGCCCAGGAGGCUGGCAACAUGUCACUGUGGAGGUGUGAAAGACGGAAGGUUCUGGACUUGCACGAUCUAGGAGGCCGGGGGUCUUGCUCUGCUCCUGUAGCUGAAGCAGCUGUCAGUGCAGCACUUCUGCAAAUGGCGCAUGACCACAACUUCUCCGCAAAACAUAGUUUAGUCAUUGUCACCGGGCGAGGGAGAAGAAGUAUUAGGGGAAUUCCGUUAUUGCUGCCAGCUAUGAUGUCCUUCUUAGUUGAUGGUUUGGGACUCGAAGUACGACAGGAUCCUGGCUCCCUUCGAGUCUCGAGGGCGUCUCUGCACAGACUGUGGCAGGGUGAACGUUGGGAUACAAAGAUGUCCUGACCGAUCUGACCGGGCGAUGUCCUGCAUCGUCUUUGCUGUGGCGUGCUCCACAGACCCAAGGCUCGUGUUGCCAGAAA